AUGGUUUUCACCCUUUUGGCCACCACCACGCUCGGGAGACUCCUCAACACAAACGGAAUACCAUCACCACUGCCGACGACCAUCCAAGAAACCGAAAAUAUUGUCAACAAUAACAGCAAAACAGCAAACUACGACCAGCUCUUGCCGGGAGAGGGUAACCUAUGGAGCUCGAUCCUGGACAGUGUCUCGAACAAUCGAGAGAAGAGUAACCUACCCACCAAGAAGGUCAUCGUACUAGGCGAAAGAAAUGCAGGAAAAUCCACCCUAGUUUCCUAUCUCUCGGCGACAAACCCACCUCCAACGGAUCCUAAUCUGAAUAAUAAUAAUCACAACAACAACAACAGUAACAGCAAUAAUAAUCCCUCAAUUCCGGUUCCAGUCAACGAUGGGGACGAUGUGGAUAUGGGCACGAGUUACACCACCGUCGAAAUCGGCGAUGACGGCGAAGAUGAUCCGCUAGUCCGACUCUCCCUUCACCAAAUCCCUUCCGCACUACCACCAUACUCUAAGUUACUCCCCCUGAUCUUAAAUGCUGACUCGCUACGAGAGUCAUUGAUUUUAGUCUUGAUUCCCUUCACCCAUCCUCAUUCACUGCUCACAUCACUCGUCCGUUGGCUGGUACUCAUCCGAUCGGUGAUCAAGUCGAUAAAGGACACAAUCAAGCCUGCAGAGGGUGGCCAGCCAGCCGAGCGAGGCGAAUACAUCAUUGAAGAGUCGAAAGAGGCGCUAGAAUACCAGUACCGAUCGUACGUCGAAGCCGUAGGACAACCCUCGGCGUCAACAAAUGGCGAGCCAAGUGGCGAGGGCGGGAACACAAACAUCCAUCUCGAUCUGCCACUACCCCCGGGCACGCUGACGGAAAACAUGGGGAUCGGCAUCGUGGUGGUGUGUACAAAGUCAGACGAGAUCGACGAGCUGGAGAAGGAGAAGGACUUCAAGGAGGAGCAGUUCGACUUCAUCCAACAGGUCCUCCGCUCCAUCUGUCUCCGCUUCGGGGGCGCGCUCUUCUUCACCAACCAGAAAAAACCCGAAAGCUUGCUCCGACUGAGGUCCUACGUCCUCCAUCGUCUCUUUGGCCAACUGGUCUCCACCUCGACAGUCCCCGGUACAUCAGCCACCGCAGGAACGGCAACAACGAAUGCCCGACUGUUCCCGUUCCCGUACAAGGCUAACGUCGUCGAUCGAGACGAGGUGUUGAUUCCAAUGGGAUGGGAUAGUUGGGGAAAGAUCAAGAUCUUGAGGGACGGCUUCGACCCCUCCGUCGUCGGUAACGGCUGGCUCUUCGACCUCGAGAAGCCUCUGAGAACUCGCCCAGAUAGAGUCGGCGAUGAUCGUCAGGAGGGCGGCUCGUCUCUCGAUGACGACCAGGUCGGUUACGAUAGUGAAGGCCGCAAGAUCGUCAGUGCUUGUAAACUUUGGGAAGAUAUGAUUGGUGAAACUGACGAUGAAGUACCUUUGAUCAACCCGCAUGAUCGAGUGAUUGCGACCCAAGAACAUCAAUUCCUAAGGACAAAAUACGACGCGAUUAAGAAAGAGCGGGACUUGGAUCCUCGCUCGCAUUUCCAGCUCAAUCACAAAGGGCACUCAGCCCAACAGGCCGUCAAAUUCACCAACGGAACUAUCCUUUCAGAUAAGAGUCUUAUCAACGGCGCCGGUCCUGGAGUUGCUGGCCUUGGUACUGCUGGCGUCGAAGAGGAAAUCACUGCUCAACUCAACAAGCUGUCGUCUCUCAGGGAUCAGCAAGGGAAUUCGAAUGGCAGGAGCUCAAAUGCCAGUUUAUCGCCCGUCGAGAUCAUCCACAUGCAACAGCAACAGCAGCAACAGCAGCAGCAAGGACAAGGGUCGAUGCAUCAGACGCCACGGACAGGGCUGACGAUCGGGACGGGCGGGACGCAGUCGAAGGGACAUCUGCAGUCGGCCGGCGGGCCCGGCUCGCCCCUAGCCUCCCGCUCAUCCUCCCAACUCGCCCACCAACACCAGAUCCUCAUGGGCCUCAACUCCUCCGCCGCUGCCUCUUCAACUCCCGUCGGCACACCCGGCGGAAGCCAGGGCGAAAAAGCCAUGCUCGCAAACUUCUUCGGCAAACUCCUCGAUAAAGACUCCGUCGGCGCCCGCGGCUUCUCCUCCUCUUCCUCCGCCUCGUCGCUAUCCAUCAACCACCCCGGCCAGCUUAACCUUCCUCCCCCUUCGUCGUCGUCUUCUUCGGGCACUGUUGCUCCAAACUCUAAUAGCUUCUUGAAAUCUCCGACGUCUGUUCCUUCAAAUCCUUUGGGCUCUUCUACUAGAAAAACAAGCAACGGAAGCCUUCAAGACGACUAA